UAAGAUGGGACAGGCAGGGUGAAGGGGACAGCCCCGGCUACACUGAAGGCAGUGAUGGAAUAUGGAACCCGUCCCUGAGUGCAAGGGACAUCUGACCCACAGCAGCAUGGGGACUGUAAGUUCAGUGAAGUAGAGUAUCCAGCUUGAGUCUGGACUCAGCUGCACUCUUGGGACACCGGUGAAGCAAUGACAAUUGGACAAAAACUUCCCAUGUCCCCCAUAUCCGUCCAAGACCCAAACAGACCUGGCUUGGCCUGGGUUGUAGUGGGGCCGAGGAACAAAGCUCUCUUCAGUUCUGCCCUUCCUCUUGAAAAAGUGCUGGUUACUCUUAAAAGCCUGCCACCAUCCAUUUAAUCUGCUCUCUGCUAGUUCCCAGGGAAUGUAAUUUUUGACCUCUCUUCACUACACUUACAUUACUCAUUAAAAAGAAAAAUUACCAUAGUAAAUCUAGGUCAGCAUCUUUCCUUCCUAAUAAAGGGACUAAGAAAGAUGUGACCUUCAUUUGCCUUCUAUGUGAGCCCCCACACCAUCAUCCUUGGACAAAGUUCUAUCAUUACUGCCUACACCAUACAGUGUGUCCUUCCAGAAAGCUCUAGCCCACUUCCCAUGGCCUCACCACCACUCCAGGUCGCUGGGCCUGGCACCCUGCUUAUUUUGGCUACCUCAGUCUCACUGGUACUGAGCCUCACGGCAUCAGCACUGCCCCACGCACCUGAAGAAGGGGUGGUUCCAGCACCUUGAAUCUACCUGCCCCAGAAAGUCUUUGUGGUUCCCCUGUGCUUAGUAGUUGAGGCCAUCUCUACCCAGCCAGGCCCCCGGGGCCGCCGCUGCGAGGCCGCCAACUUAGUGAGGAACACGCCAGAAGUCCUCUCCACAGUGCCUGCCCUCGCAGGGGCGGGGCAAAGCCAGGAUUAAAGGGCCCUAGGUACUUCUAAAGGGACGGGAGGGCGUGCCAAGGAUCCAAGCAAAGGCGAAGAGGGUCUGGUCCGUGGGAAUGGGGGACGACGGGAAAAUGGGCAAGAGAACCAGGUCACCUUCAUGUCACGUAGCUCCAUUCCCUCCCCACCCCUGCCAAUCGCAGGUCUCAACUCUCAUACCUACUUUCUGCCUGUCGUGUGCCCCACUCUCAGGGAAAGAGCAUCCUCAUCUCUGCUGAACCACCCAGUGCCUACAAGCCUGGUAGGCCCACUUGGCUUAGAACAGGGAAGGGGCGGAGCGAGCAGCGGUGACGCGGCCGUUGCCAUGGGAACUUGCCGCCCGCUCCUGCUCGGGAGCCGAAGAUCCAGUGGCCGCCUGUCGCCUGUCGCCCGUCGCCCGCUGCCCGCCUGCCGGCUGCCCCUCUUGCCCACUUCGGGCUCUCUUUGCGGCACGGUAGGAGAAACCAGGCUAGAGGAAGGCAGGGAGCAGAUGCGGCCUCCGAGCUGGGACCGGUCUUGCACGUCCUAAGACGAGACCCCUUCGCCGCCGCCGCAAUCGCCAGGGACGCGUACAAGCGCGGAGCAGCUCCCGGCCGGUCGGCCUCCUGCCCAGACACAGACGGCACGGUCCGCCCCAGCACCAGCACUGCGUGGUCUCAACUUCCCCGGUGACCUCAGUGCCUGCCGCAUCCCAGCCAUCUGUGGCCUGGGCCCCGACGCUCUUCGUGGCCACUGCCGCCGCCGCCGACACGUCUUCCGCCGCCUGCACCUCUGCCGCCACCCCUGCCCCGGUUCUGGCCGCGACCCCAGCCCAGGCCCCGACUUGAGCCCCAUCCCCGCCCCCUGCCCUGCCAACCUCGCCCGCGGCCCGGCCCAGGCCCUGGAGGAGGCCCAGCUGUAGGUACGAUGCUGCCCAGCUCCAUCCAGAUUUCAGGGGAGCCGCUGUCAGGCGCCGAGGUGCGGGACAUCUGCCGUGGCCUGCGCGACAACGCCGUGCGCCUGCUCUCCCUUCGCGGCUGCCGCCUCUGCGACCGCGACUUUGGCCGCAUCUGCCGGGCCCUGGCUGGGGCCACGUCCCUGGCGCAGCUCAACCUUAACCUGGGCGUCGUGUCCAGCCCCAGCCGCAUCAAGCAGCUGGCGGAGGCGCUGCGGACCAACCGCUCCAUCCAGUCCCUCUUCCUGCAUGGGAGCCCCCUGACAGAUGCCGGGCUGGCCUUGCUGAACCCAGCCCUAGCCCUCCACCCUGCCCUUGUGGCUCUGGACCUGGGGGACUGCAUGCUGGGUGAUGAAGCCAUCAACCUCAUCUGUGGCCUCCUCCCCCCAGAUGGGGCCAAGUCUGGUCUGAAGGAGCUAACGCUGAGUGCCAACCCUGGCAUCACCCCUAAGGGCUGGAGUCGCCUCGCCAUUGCUGUGGCCCACAGCUCGCAGGUCCGCGUCCUCAAUUUGGACUACAACCCGCUGGGUGACCAUGUGGCCGGGAUGCUGGCUGUGGCUGUGGCGUCCAGUCGAACCUUAGAGGUUCUAGAUUUGGAGAGCACAGGGCUCACCAACCAGUCGGCUCAGACCCUGCUGGACAUGGUAGAAAAUUACCCCACAGCUUUGCGGAGCCUGGUGUUGGCUGAGAACAGCAUUAGCCCAGAGCUGCAGCAACAGAUCUGUGACCUCCUUUCUGAGGGAGAGGAGGAGGAGGAGGUGGCAGGAGGGCCUGGUGACACCCAGGAACGAGAGAGGGGGAGGGAGCCUGCUGCCCACCAGAGGGGAAGCGGCUCCUGGAUGUGCCCUAGUGAUCCCAGCUCUCAGAUGGUGCUAAUGACAUCAGGACUAGGGGACAGUCUGUUGGCUGAGACCGAGAUGUGACUCUCCACUUGGGCUUCUGCACAUCAUUACAUUUUUCUCUGUCCCCAGCACCUUGCCCCAGAUGCCAGGGUUAGGCCCUGGGGCUUGGGAGGGAGGGGUUGCCUGGGGCUCUGGCAGCUCAUGGCAGUGGGGUGGGAGGCUCUGGAAGCUGUGAACUGCCUUGAACCCAAGGCAAUGGCUCUGGACUUGGCAGCUCUGGCUGCAGCCCGCUGGCUCGGAAGAGAUUUUAUCAACUUUACAACCUGGCGUGUGGCUAUGGUCACUGGGGGGCUGGCAGUAGGGGAGGAACUGGAACUACCAUUAGAUACCACUAGGGGGCAAUGCCACCCCACAGCCAAAGCAUCCUUUGACACCACCCCCCACCAGCAAAAGGUCUCAAAAUGGUCUGGCACAGGCCUGGGACUUCCACAACCCAGGGUUCUGAAGUGACCCCUUACACAAGGCCUAUAAAGAUAUAACAAAGAUUAUAUUUUUGCAGAGGUAUAGAGCUUACCUCCAGAGCUGAGCUGGACUGGACCCUACCUCAGGGGAGACUUGAGGCCCAGUCAAGGUUAUUUAAGGUGCAGCCCCUCCCGACUGCCCGAUGCUCUGUGCCCAGGGAAGGCCCAGGCAGUUGGGGCAAGGCAGAAUCACUAGCAAAGAGUAGGACAUCACAGGAACUGGGAAUACUCAAGAAUGGAGAAAUGAAUGGUCAUUAAUAGACAAAUUAGUCCAUAC